AUGCAAAGGCAAGCGCGUUUGUCGAGAAGCUGCAAGAGAAUAAGUAAUUUUCAAAGAGUGCGCAAGAGCAAAUUCGCUUCAAAAGCGAAAUUCGAGGAGUUCCAUCAGAGGCUGAGCGACGCCAACCACGACCUUGACGUUGCCCUUGACAUCGACACCAACGUGCGCAUGCAGCGCAUUCACGACCUUCACGUGAACAUGAAGGCACAACAGGAGUUCUCAGAGUUGGUCUACGUCGACUUCAGAGAGAACUCCCUUGCGACAGAUACGCUCGCUGGGGAGGAGAAGACGGAGAUGGAAGACCGAGUAGGGCGGUGUCAGAGCGCUAAUUCACGAUCGGAUGGCACUAAACGGGAGUCCUACGGUACGGACGCCGCCACCGCCGCUAGGGGCAGCACCUAUCCGCAGACGUCGCGGCGUUCGACGGGCAAUGCGUGCGUCGACGAUUGUAACUGUACGGUGUGCUUAUGCUGCCUGAAAAUACGAUUCAAACCAAAAUGCUGCUGCUGAGGCUACGCUAGUGCACAGCAAGGAGCCACAUAAUAUAUAAUAAGUAAUAUAUGUAAUAAAU